GAGGCAGAUAGAGUCGCAGGUCCCGCAGGAGGAGGCAGACAGACAGGCUGAGAGCAGAGAUCAGAGAUCUUCAUGAGCUUCAUCUUCCGCACUGCGACACCGAGACCGACACCAUGCGCCCUCCACACCGCCUCCACACCACCUGAACACCACCUGAACACCACCUGAACACCUCCUGAAGCUCCUGAACACCACCUGAACACCAUCUGAACACCUCCUGAAGCUCCUGAACAUUACGCGAACCUCCACCUGAACCUCCAGCUGAACCUCCUGAAGCUCGUGUUCUCCACCUGGAUCUCCUGCACAUGAGGGAACUUUGCAUUUUAACCCGCUUCUGACACCUGAAAUCAAAAUCAAACUUCCGGCUGUGUGUGUGUGAGUGUGUGUGUGUGAGUGUGUGUGUGUGAGUGUGUGUGUGUGUGAGUGUGUGUGAGUGUGUGUGUGUUCCUCUCACUCCUCAUCAUGAGCCGCAAGUCGCGCCGCUGGAUAUUCCGCAUUUUCCUCUGUCUCGGAAUAAUCUACCUGAAAAUCGGAGGGUUCUCGUCAGUGAUAGCUCUGGGAGCGAGCAUCAUCUGCAACAAAAUCCCAGGACUCGCACCACGCCAGAGGAUCAUCUGCCAGAGUCGACCGGACGCCAUCAUCGUUAUAGGAGAAGGAGCACAAAUGGGCAUCAACGAGUGUCAGUUCCAGUUCAGGAACGGACGGUGGAACUGUUCUGCGCUCGGCGAGAGGACCGUCUUCGGAAAAGAGCUGAAAGUGGGCAGUAAAGAAGCCGCGUUCACGUACGCCAUCAUCGCAGCGGGCGUGGCCCACGCCAUCACGGCCGCGUGCACGCAGGGGAACCUGAGCGAGUGCAGCUGUGAUAAGGAAAAGCAGGGCUUCCACGGCCGAGCGGAUGGAUGGAAGUGGGGCGGCUGCUCGGCUGAUAUCCGCUACGGCCUCGGCUUCUCCAAGGUGUUCAUGGACGCUCGGGAGAUCAAACAGAGCGCCAGGACACUCAUGAACCUCCAUAACAACGAGGUGGGACGAAAGGUCCUGGAGCGUAACAUGCAUCUGGAGUGUAAGUGUCACGGCGUGUCGGGUUCCUGCACCACCAAAACAUGCUGGACGACUCUGCCGAAGUUCCGCGAGCUGGGCUACAUCCUGAAGGACAAGUACCUGCAGGCGGUGCACGUGGAGCCGGUCAAAGCCAGCCGCAACAAGCGUCCCACCUUCCUGAAGAUCAAGAAGCCGUUCUCUUACCGCAAGCCCAUGGACACGGACCUGGUGUACAUCGAGAAGUCGCCGAGCUACUGCGAGCCGGAUCCUGUGACGGGCAGCGUGGGGACGCACGGGCGGGUGUGCAACAAGACGCUCACGCACCACUCCAGCAGCUGCGACCUGAUGUGCUGUGGGCGGGGCUACAACACGCACCAGUACUCGCGGGUGUGGCAGUGCAACUGCAAGUUCCUGUGGUGCUGCUACGUCAAGUGUAACACCUGCAGCGAGAGGACAGAGGUGUACACGUGCAAGUGAACGAAGGCGUGUCGCAUCACGUCCGGGACUCGGAUGAUGUUUUUUUUUUUGUUUGUUUUUGUUUUUUUUUAGCUGUGAACAUUUUCCAGGAUGUUGAUGUUGAUGAUGAUGUUGAUGAUGAUGUCUUUUUGCACAAUAUAACCACUGGAUGACUUUAUGAUCACUUCCUGGACUGAACGAAGUCCAUCCUCGUGCAUUCCGAGUGCUCCGUCGGGUCUGUUGACCUCACGAGGCCCCGCGGCGUCCAGGCGAGUCUGGAGCUGUCUGAAACGUGUUAAACGCUCCACUAUUAGACUUUUCUCCACCCGUGAUCGAUGAUGAUGAGCGUGUACGCGCUUAAGCACGCUGAUAAUUCAUUUAAAGAAACGAUUUUUAUUUAUUUAUGAAGCUACUGUCACUCGUCUUGGCUUGAGAUAUGAAAUAGAGGCUGUUGGUAGUGAGAGCUGAUUCAAUUCACACUGGAAACUGAAAUCCUACUGAAAUCCUACUGAAAUACUACUGAAAUCCUACUGAAAUCCUACUGAAAUCCUACUGAAAUCCUACUGAAAUACUACUGGCAUGCUGGAUUUUUCUUUGUAGCAACAGCAGGCCUUCUUAUAAAUAAUCUCCGCUCUAUUUUGCUGCUAGUCUGGAUUAUCACGCACGGUGCGAUAGUGGAAUAACUCCUGAUUAAAACCUCGUGUUUUUUUUUUUAAACCGCAGUAGUGAUUAAAUCCCAGACAAACUGAACUUUACACUGAGAGUAUAUUUUGUAAAAAGAGUAUUUGUAUUUUUAUAUGAAUGUUUUAUUUAUACUGUUGUUUUCUCCUGUUCGUAGUGCACAUCGCCUCUCAGUCCGCUCGUGCAACACUUCUGUGGAAUUAUGGGUGACUUUUACACGGUUCUACUCGCAGAUGUUAGCGCCAUUAAAAUCAGCCUAAUGCAUUCCAUCGCCUUCGUUUGCUUUUAUGAUCCAGGUGUUGACUUUGAGGAUUCGCCUCAUCAGAGAACGUUCCAACCAAUCGGAUGCGAGUUUUAAUAAAAUACUUAUUUUACAAACUGAGAUUUGAUUUUUUUUAAUCCGGUAAAGAUUAAAACAGAACAAGGACUACCACAUUCUUUAAAAAA